CAGGGCAGACCCUACUCAGCUCUGAGCGGUCUUUCCAAGUGGGGCCAAGCAGCCGCCCUGAGCCAAAAAAAGAGCAUUAUGUCACCGGAAGCCUGGGCCCAGACCAGCACAGCACCUCACAAGCCAUGUCGAAGUCCCACAGCGAAGCCGGGACGGCUUUCAUCCAGACCCAGCAGCUGCACGCAGCCAUGGCUGACACCUUCCUGGAGCACAUGUGCCGCCUGGACAUCGACUCAGCCCCCAUCACGGCCCGCAACACCGGCAUCAUCUGUACUAUUGGCCCGGCCUCCCGCUCGGUGGAGACCCUGAAGGAGAUGAUUAAGUCUGGGAUGAAUGUGGCCCGGCUGAACUUCUCUCACGGAACUCAUGAGUACCAUGCCGAGACCAUCAAGAAUGUGCGUACAGCCACCGAGAGCUUCGCUUCUGACCCCAUUCUCUACCGGCCAGUGGCUGUGGCCCUGGACACCAAGGGCCCUGAGAUCCGAACCGGGCUCAUCAAGGGCAGUGGUACUGCUGAGGUGGAGCUCAAGAAGGGAGCCCCGCUCAAGAUUACGCUGGACAAUGCCUACAUGGAGAAAUGCGACGAGAACGUGCUGUGGCUGGACUACAAGAACAUCUGCAAGGUGGUGGAUGUGGGCAGCAAGAUCUACGUGGACGAUGGCCUCAUUUCUCUGCUAGUGAAGGAGAAAGGUCCUGACUUCCUGGUGACGGAGGUGGAAAAUGGUGGCUCCCUGGGCAGCAAGAAGGGUGUGAACCUUCCCGGUGCUGCAGUGGAUCUGCCCGCUGUGUCCGAGAAGGACAUCCAGGACCUGAAGUUUGGGGUAGAGCAGGACGUGGACAUGGUGUUCGCGUCCUUCAUUCGCAAGGCUGCUGACGUCCACGCGGUGAGGCAGGUCCUGGGGGAGAAGGGCAAGAACAUCAAGAUCAUCAGCAAGAUCGAGAACCACGAAGGCGUGCGGAGGUUCGAUGAGAUCCUGGAGGCCAGCGAUGGCAUCAUGGUGGCCCGUGGUGACCUCGGCAUCGAGAUUCCUGCAGAGAAAGUCUUCCUGGCCCAGAAGAUGAUGAUUGGGCGUUGCAACCGCGCGGGGAAGCCCGUCAUCUGCGCCACACAGAUGCUGGAGAGCAUGAUCAAGAAGCCGCGGCCCACGCGGGCUGAGGGCAGCGACGUGGCCAACGCUGUACUGGACGGGGCAGACUGCAUCAUGCUGUCCAGGGAGACGGCCAAGGGCGACUACCCGCUGGAGGCCGUGCGCAUGCAGCACCUGAUAGCUCGGGAGGCUGAGGCAGCCAUGUUCCACCGCAAGCUGUUUGAAGAACUUGUACGAGCCUCCGGCCACUCCCGGGACCCCAUGGAGGCCAUGGCCAUGGGCAGCGUGCAGGCAUCUUAUAAGUGUUUAGCGGCAGCUUUGAUAGUGCUCACGGAGUCCGGCAGGUCUGCCCACCAAGUGGCACGGUAUCGUCCACGGGCCCCCAUCAUCGCUGUGACCCGCAAUCCUCAGACGGCGCGCCAGGCGCACUUGUAUCGCGGCAUCUUUCCCGUGCUGUGCAAGGACCCUGUGCAGCAGGCGUGGGCUGAGGAUGUGGACCUGCGUGUGAACUUGGCCAUGAAUGUCGGCAAGGCACGAGGCUUCUUCAAGACAGGAGAUGUGGUCAUCGUGCUGACCGGGUGGCGCCCCGGCUCCGGCUUCACCAACACCAUGCGUGUUGUGCCCGUGCCCUGAAGGCCCUGGAGCCCGUCUCGACCCCCUUUCCCUUUCCCUUCCCCCAACCCAUCCAUUAGGCCAGCGACGCUUGUAGCGCCUUACUUCGGGCUGUAGUGUGGCACCGGCGAGCUGGGACACUGGGAAGAUUACGUCUCUGCGAUUAGUCCCUCACUUGGCGCAGUGGCCCAGAACUGGCUGCC